AUUCAACUUAUAUGUUCGGCACUAAUUUGCACCAAUUAAAAUACUUCAAAAAACAACACAUUUUCGUGUUAAACGGCAACAAUAAUCAAACCGCGUAUUUAUCGGUAGCUUUAAAAUGCCUUCAUUAGAAUUCCAUGCCGUGGAAUAUUUAAUUGAAAUUGAGCUCGUACAGCAGGCAGAGCGUCAUUUAGCACGAGUAUACGCUCACAUAGCAACUUCCUAACGAGGACAAUAUCGCUGGGGGCGUUGCGGCAUCGAAACCAACACACAGACAUAUAAAUAUUUGCAAAAUAAAAUAAUUGGAAGCGAAAAUGAGACGUAAACAAUUAAAUUCACUACGCAUUUUGUUUGUCGUUUUAACUUUUCUUCUGUGCUUCAAAGCGAGAGUGGGAGCUUUAAUGCUCGGUGGCGCCGAGCUGAAGCAGCAAACGCAAUCGCAGCCGUUUUUGGCGCGUAGUGUGCGCCAACAACAACCGCAAGCCGGUCGCCAACACGAUGCGCGCCGCUCGCAGCCUUUUAACGCCUUAUUAACUUCAGUUGGACAGUUAGCCGAUUCACCACUUCGCCAUGGCGCGCAUUUAGCGCUGACAGCUAGCAAAACAGGUAGCCACAAGCGUUUGGCGCGCGCAGCGGAUGAUGGUGGUAUGAGCUUCGGUGAUAUCUUUCAGUCAAUAAUUCAGUUUGUGUUGAAUAGCAUUGACGCUUUUAUGAAGCUUUUCUCACCAAAUGAUGGCGACAAGUAGUAAGCGGGUAAUGCUUAGGCGUAAGAGUUUCGUAAGGAAGAAAUUACAGACAAUUAACUAUUUCAGCUGAUUUGCAGAUAUUUUAAUGCUUUUAAUGGAUGAUAUUUAAAUUUUAAUAAAUAAUUGUUUUGUGUAGUAUUGGAA